AUGAGUAAUCAUGAUAGCAUCAUAAAGACUACUGUAAAAGCGUUUACUCUUAUAAUAGUAUCAAUGAUAGCUGGAUUAAUACCAUUCAAGUAUAAAAAUAUUGCAAGUGCUGGAGGAUUUUUUUCAUUUCUAACAUGCUUUUCUUCGGGAUUUGACAUGGCAUUGGCAUUUGUAGAUAUAAUGCCAGAAAAUAAUGAACAUUUAACAUUCUUAUAUGCUGCCAUUACUAUUAUUGGUUUGUUAAUGGUUGAGAAUAUGUUUGUACAUUGCUCUCAUUCUCAUCACCACCAUGACAAAGAAAUCAAUACACUUGAAGAGGCUCAUCACCACGAUGUGAUAGAAACUGAGAAGAAUGAGAAUGAAUUAGUUGAAGAAGAUGAUUUUAACCAACAUCAUUUUGAGUCUUUAAAAGAUUUAAAAAAUCCAUUUCAAAUUGGUAUUUUAUUAGGAGCACUUUCUCUUCAUUCGUUAUUAGAAGGUCUUGAUAAUCAUUGUAAUUCUACUCCAAUUGCUACUGUUGGAUUGUUUAUGCAUAAAAUGACUGAUUCAUUAUCAGCUGGUUUAGCAUUAUCAAAAGGUACUAUGUCUAAAGGUACUGCGUUAAAGUUUUUGUUUGCUUUCUGUUGUGUAACUCCCCUCUUUAUGUGUAUUGGUGCUUCUAUUAGGACGUAUAUUGAUAAAACCUUUUUAGAACCUCUGUUAAAAGGUUUAUCUUUAGGAUCUCUUCUUUAUGUUAUCUUUUUUGAGAAUAUUGCUACUAAACUUCAUGGUAAAUCUGUUACAAAAAAACUACUCUUUACAUUAAUUGGAUUAUUACUUGGUUCUUUCUUUAUUAUUAAGACUCAUAGUCAACAUUGA